AUGCACAUUUACUCGAUCACCUCUGCCUCGCUGGUUGUAGGAGCGUUGGCUUCCACCUAUCAACUUCCACCAACACCUGGCCCAUUUCCAGUAGGCACCGUUUCUCUUGAGCUAGUCGACGACUCGCGCAUCGAUCCGCUAGCACCAAGUCCCCAGAAUCGAGAACUCAUGAUAUCUUUAUUUUAUCCAACGAGCGUUACCGCAGUUCAUGACAAAAACAUUUCUUUUGCACCCGUAUUCUCCCCCCAGACCGCGGAAAUUUUCGACAAUUAUGCCGGUGUCCCUACAGGCACAGCGGCUUCCAUCAUCUCGCGGUCAUACCUCAAUGCCCCAUUGGUGGACAGCGAGCUACCGAUACUCAUUUUCGGUCACGGAUUGGGCGGUACACAUCUCAUCUAUACGGCACAGGUAGAGAACCUGGCGAGUCAGGGGUGGAUUGUUGCGGCGGUUGACCAUACUUACGAUGCCAUCAUCGUCGAGUUUCCGGACGGACGGCUCGUGCCGUCAAAUGUUCCUGCUGAUCCAGAUCUUAAUUACGUAGAGCUGGUGCUGGAAACUCGCGUUGCAGAUGUCAAAUUUGUUUUGGAUUCGCUGAAGAAUUCCACCACGCUCGGAAAGAUCCCUGGACUUGAAAAUUGCAACACCAAACUCAAGACCGACACUGCAGGCAUCUUCGGCCACUCGCUCGGCGGAGCCACAGCUGCACAAGCCAUGGCGAAUUACAGCACCUUCACAUGUGGGGCAAAUUUUGACGGAAGCAUGUUUGGACCUGUGGUCGACCUAGGUCUUGAAAAGCCCUUUGUGCAGAUCGCGGCUCAGAACCACACUCGAGAAAAUGACGAAACCUGGGCCGAAUUUUGGGAGCAUCUUGACAGCUUCAAGCGCCAAUUUAAUGUGAACGGAACGGUACACGUGUCUUUCUCGGACCUCACCAUCUACCGUGAUUUACUUGGGGACAAAUUUCCCAUGGAAGAAGCAGACCUGUAUGGGUCAAUUGCUGGAGAGAGACUCCUACAGAUCGAAACUGACUUCAUGGACGCGUUCUUUGGAUUUUGUAUGAAAGGCCAAGACGCAGGGAGACUUGACCAGUUGGUCGAUUCCAAGUUUCCUGAAGUCUUUGUGGGCUCGUAG